AUGGCUCCUGGAUCCCACUUCUGGGUCCUGGUCUGCUGGUCGAUGCUAACUGUGGCAGAAGGACAAGAUGUGGUCACUCCUCCUGAUGGCUCACAAGAUAAUGUGGCCCCUACAGACUGCCAGAUCUUCACACUCACUCCUGUGCCCCCCACAAGGAAGCCUGCGGUAACAAUGGCACAACCCAACACAAGGACAUUCCCAUGGACGUGGUUUUAUUUUCUACCAAGAAGGCCUGGGUUCUAUCUGAGGCCUCAUAACAGACCUUUCCUCCUUCCAAACUUCAACCCCCGGUUCCAGUUCUAUCCUUUCUACCUGCCACAAGGUAGACUUCCUGGGAGAUACUUCCUCAGAGGCCAACUCCAGAGUAGAAGCUCAUCUGAGGAGACCAUAGAGAAAUGA